AGUAAUGUAGAUAAACACUGGAUAAGGCUGGCUCAGCUUGUUAUAUCGAAGCAAGGAAGACACAGCUGAAGAAGAAGAACCAGAAGGAGAAAUGUCAGCCAUGACAACUCUCAGUCAGGCAUGCUGGGCUGCCGCCGUCGUGAAGCCGAAAUCAAACACCGCCAUUUCCCAUAUCCAAAACCCAAAGCCCAAAUCUUUAGCUCUUCCUCUCUCCGCCAAUUCCAGCUGCGGUCACUUCUUCUCCUUCAAUCCCAAAACCACCCUCAAAUCCUCCUCCUCCGUCCGCACAUUCGUUGCCGCCGUUGAAUCCGACCAGCUCAGCUCCUCCGACUCCGCUGACAAGGAAAAGCCGAGCAGGUACUAUUUCGUGGUUGCAAAUGCGAAGUUUAUGCUCGAUGACGAGGAGCAUUUCCAGGAGCAGUUGUGUGAGAGGCUUCGAUACUAUGGAGAGAAGAACAAAGAGCAGGACUUUUGGCUUGUGAUCGAGCCUAAGUUCUUGGAUAAGUUUCCUAACAUUACUAAGAGAUUAGGAAGGCCUGCCGUGGCUCUGGUUUCGACCAACGGUCCUUGGAUUACGUUUAUGAAGCUGAGACUGGACAGAGUGUUAGCAGAAAGUUUUGAAGCCGAGAGUCUAGAAGAAGCGUUAGCCUCCAAUCCAACCACUAUCGAGUUUGAGAAGCCACAGAAAUGGGUAGCACCUUAUUCCAAGUAUGAAUCCGGGUGGUGGGGGUCCUUCUUGCCGCCAAGAACGAAAGAGGGGAGCAAAGCGUAAAUCACUUUUUUUCUUUCUCAACGUGGAUUUCGUCAUCUGUUACUAACUAGAGCUGAAGUUGAUGCAUGUAGGUAAUGUGAUGUUUUGCAAGGUUAGCACCUCAUGUAAUAAACUUGUGUAGUUGCCUAUUAAUGUGUGAAGAGAGUAUUGAAGAA